AUGGAUCGCGCAGACCUUGAUCGCAGCAGCAGCCGGGCCAGCAGCGUGUCUGGAAGGUCUGUCCAUUCUGCCCGGAGCUGGAACUCCCUAUCACCGGAAGAGAGGGAGUUGGCCAGUGGCCUGCAGUCAAGGAAGGUCCUCCUCGAGUCGCAUGCGAACUCUUACGCAGGAAGUUCCAACGACAGUAGCAGCGGCAAGUCGCAGCCCCGUGACAGGCUGCAAGAUGCGGAGGCAGCAGAGAGAGAUAUCGCAUCUCGCCAGAGCCGGGCCUCCUCACAGGAUGGCCCCCAUUCCGGCAUCAAGUCCCCAGCAGCCGCACGAUCUACAGCCGACUCCGGAAGGUCCGGAAGAGAGAGACGGAGUGGCUCUCCCGGUAGCAGUGGCAACAGACAAGCUCCGGAGAUGCUAAUCCGAAGCCUCACGGAUAGCUCAAGUUCUUUCCAUUCGGACGAAUCACACCGGGUCAAGGAGCUGCAAGCCAAGAAUCAAGCGCUUGAGGCAGCCUUGCGGUCACGGGAUGCACAGGCAACGCAGACGAUAGCGGACUGCACGGACAUCGACAACCGGAAUCAAGAGCGCAUGGUGGAGAUCGAGUCGCAACUUGCAGAUGCAGUCAAGGCCAGGAAGAAGGCGGAAGACGAGCGUGAUGCCGUGGAAGUGAAGGCUGCCGGCGACAAGGCCAAAUCUGCGUCGUCUCUAGCAGCCGCGAACGCAGACCGGCUGGAGCUCAAAGACAGGGACCGGAACAGUGAGGCCAAGACUGCUGAGGCACUCGUCGAACUCGAGACAGCUCGCUUUGAUCUCAAGCAGUCUGAGCAGCGGGAACUCGAACAGACCCAGCAUCAGGAAAAGGCCAAGGAGCUCAGCGACUAUCGGAUUGAGGAGUUAGAGAGUUUGCUGAACAGUGCAAACAGCCAGCUCGCGCUGAUAAGACGUGACACCUCAGGCCUUGGAAGCACAGCGACCGAUCGGGAGACGAGCCUGCAGAAUCAGAUUGACGAGCUCGUGGAGGAGAGGACGCAGAAUCGGAAAGACAUGAGCGAAGCUCGCUUGGAACUUCUCGGGCUAAAGAGAAAACAAGCGAUGCAAGCCAUCGACCAAGCAAAGUCUCCUUCUGAGUCGCGUCAGGCAAGUCAGGGAGCAGCAGGUGCGGGAGGAAGGUCGCGAGGCCGGGGGCGAGGGCGUGGAGCAGGCAGGGGAAUGCUGGAGAUUAUCGAGGAGGAGGACGACGAAGAAGGCUCUGUUGGGCUGCCAGCACGUGCAGCAGAGUCCUUGGCCAGCGAGUGUAGCAGCGACUGCGGAGAUCUGGACAACCUCACGAAUCCGGAUCGAUCUGCACAGAACGACCUCUUGAACAAGCUCCUGUCCGAAUUGUCCGUUGAGCGGAAGGCGAAGCAGGAUCUGCGGGAUGACCAUGCUGGUCAGAAUGCAGAGCAAAAGGAAGAGAUAGCUCAGCUGCAGAGGCAGCUCGCCGAAGCGGGAGUUCUGCAGGCAGCGUCUUCAGCGGAGAAUAUCCGCUUGCGGGACCUCGGCAAUCAGGACAGGAUCAAGAAGCUGCAUCAGGUGGAUGGCUUGCAGGUCAAAGUGAGAGAGCUGGAGGAGACGUUAUUCGUUGAGAUGAAGCAGCAGACCGACAAAGAGGAGCGCCAGGAAGUGACGAACGUCGAGUUGCAGGAGAAAGUUCAGCUGCAGGCCGAGUCGCUGCGGAUCUCCAACCUGCGCUUGCAAGAUGCAUUGCAGCAGCGUCACACAGAGGCAAUACGCCAGUUACAGGAAGUCAAUUCCUUAAAGCUUCAGCUGGCGAUGGAAUGCAAGCGAAGCGGUCGCAGUUCAGAUGAGGCAUGGACUGCUGACGUAGAAGAUGGCGACCCAGAGGUGGCUCUGUGCCAGCGUGUGAAGGAGCUUGAGGAGGAGCGAAAUCUUCUGCUCAGCAAGCUUGAAGUUCAGGAGGUCCAGCACCAGGUGCAGCUGGAAGACGCAUACCGUGAUCAUGCUUCCAGAUUGCAGGAGCAACGAAUGAAGUUUGAAGAACAGAUCGCAGAGAUUCGAUCCAGAUAUGAGCAGCUGCUGAGGCAGAAGCCCAUACCAGGUCAGGAGGAGCAGCCUAUCCUGCCAGAGCAAGUGGACUUGUGGAGUAGUGCACCCAGCUUGGGUGGAGACGAUUCAACCAGGGAUGGUGAUCGACCAGGAAACUCAGCGCAGAGUGCCAUUGGCGUGGGUAGUGAUGUCAGCACCCCUGCAUCGCAGAGCACGGGUGGUACUAUUGGCACUUCUAUUUCAGAGAAUCUGCGCAGCAUGAUCUGGGCAGUCAUGGGCUUGAUACCCAACGCAGUUGCGGCGCAGUGCACCUUCGAAGACCUGGUCAUCGAGAAAGCUACUGCGCGGGCCGGUGCUAUUUUCAGCGGACUGGACCUGAUCGGAAUGUCCUUCUUUUCCCUGCUCCAAGAAAAGUGUAAUGCAGCCGUGAUCAGAAGAAUGAUGCUGGUGAACCAGUCGAUGGCCGACAGCAGCCAAUCUGAUAUCCCGUCCUUCGUCGCCAAGACGCUUGGCAGAUUUUCAGUGCUUGGCGUUGCUGGACAAGCGCUGGACCUUGUCCUAUCAAUGGCUCACUUGCCAGCUGACUCACCAAGUGCUUCCGGACCAGACGGUCGCCACAUCAUCCUGGUGAUGUCUGAGCAGCAGCAGCAGCAAAAGAGGGGAGGCGGCAUUUCCGUGGCCAGCAGCGAUAUCUGCCCCAGUGACAGCGUCAGUGUGGGCAAGCGUCGGCCGCACUUCAUGAGCAACGAUCUGCAGAGGACCAAGCUUAGAGCGUCGUUCUUCGAGGCAGAUUCACGGAUGUCCGCUGUCUCCGGUGGACAUUCUUCCCCACGUAAUUCGCUGGCUUAA